UAACAGUAAUCUUUAUUUUAUUAGAUUCAAAUCUUAGUACUGUCUUUUAAAAAACUGAGUUAGAAAAGUUAAUAUUAGUAAUAAUAGCUGUAGUAGCAAUACUAGAAUCAGCAGCAAAUGGAUCGAUACGAUUAAGAUUACUUUCUGGAAGACGGAAUGUAAACUUACUAUCAAUCUAUCUAAGCAAUAACAGGUUCAUAGAUUAUUAGAGCCUAUGGGGUGCCCCCAAUUUAAGAGGCUCCUUCAAAUGAAGAAAUUACACUGCGCCAUAUUGAUAGUCAUCUUUCAAAUUUUGGAAGAAGCGAAAAUAGGCAUAUGAGUUAAGGUUUAUCCAACAUGAGCAAUGUUUUGACACCAAAGUUGUAAGGGCAUCGCACAGUUAAUGAUCUAAAUAGUAUAGUAAUUCUGCCAAAUAAAAAAGAAUAACUUGCUAAUGCUCAAAAUAUGCAAACAAGUCUUCAAUUAAUAGUUUAGUAAAAUUAAAAUUCUCAGCAAUUAUCUAUAAAUGGAACUCAACCAAAAUCUACAAGUAAUCAUUAUUUGGAAAGAUAAGGAUCAGGUUUUUCUGUACAAAAUAAGGUAAAUUUAACAGAUGAUGACCAAACUGAUUAAAUAUAAUAAGAUUCAAAUAAAUAAAAAGCUUUAAUGGCAUCUCAGUAAUUAUAACAAAAAUAAAAUCAAUAAUAGUAUUAGUAGAUAUAGACUUUAUAAUAGUAAUAAAACAAUGAUAAAGAAUAUUAAAAUUAUCCCUCUACUUUAGAUGUAUUGUAGGGAGGAUAAAUGUAAGGUUCUUUAUUAGAGUUAACAACCAACCUUUUAAAAGAUUAGUAACAAAAUACAAAUAAUGAUAAUUAAGAUAACACUUAAAAAUAAUCAAAUAAAAUAUAGUCCUAAAAAUACAUAAAUUAAAAUCAAGCUACUUAAACAGCAGUAGUAUUUCAAAAUAAAUCUGUAACAAUUGUAUGUCCAAAUUGCUUAAAAACUGUAGAAACAGUAGUAAAUUACACACCUUCGUGCAAAACUCAUUUAGUUGGACUUGGCUUUGGCCUAUUUGGAUUCAUAUGUGGCUUAUGCUUAAUUCCAUAUUAUUUCUAAGAAAAAUUUUAAACAGCUAUACAUUUUUGCCCUUAGUGUAAUAAAGAACUUGGCAGGUGUGAGUAUUGA